GCUAUACCCGUCUCCCCAUCUCCUUAUCUCCUUGCCGACCGUCCCAGCCCCCUGCUCCGUGGAUCUUCUUUCUCCUCGCGCGGGCGCCGCCACUCAUCCCGCUGCAUACCGCCCGAGCCCCCUAGCUCGUCUUCCUCCUCGCUCGAGCGCCUCCACGGCAGGUUGAUCUGCCCUUCGAUUCUCUCGCUCCCGACCGUUUCUCCUCCCAUCACCCCACGAACGGAUUCCGCACUUUAGAUCCCCGUUUCAUGAUCUUCCCCAAUUCUUAACUGAGGCAAAAAUCAAGGUAGGGCGGCCGCCCUACCUUGCCCAACUGGGUCCUACAACCGUGGUUGUAAGCAUGGAGGGGCUGACGGAGAGCGAGAUCGCUGGUUUUGUGGUGGGGGCCCUGCUGCUCGGCGCCAGCAUCGCCGCGCAAAGGGUCGACGGCUUCAUCGCCACUUCGCAGAGAAGGUCUUUAAACAUGUGUAAGAGGUGUGGUGAUCUUCGCAUGGUAGCAUGCUCACAAUGCAAAGGAGUGGGUUCUGUUAGGAAAAGUGGAAUCUUCACAUUUGGCUUGCUCGAUGACAUCUAUGAAUCACUUGGAGCCGAAACAAAGGCGGCUGAUUUGGUUGCUUGCUCAGCUUGUCGAUCUAAAGGCCGUCUCCGCUGUCCUGAGUGCUCCAAUGUCAGAUGACCAUUCUGUAGUAAUGAGAAAAUAUUAGUUCUUUGUAAUACCUGCAGAUUUUGCUGUUUUACAGUCGUUGAAACCAUAUAUGGUAUAUCUGUGAAAUACCUUUUUGCAAUUAUUGGUCAUAAUUUACUGUCCAGUUUGUAAACCAGAAGUAUACAUAACAAACCUAUGCGAAGUGGAAGUGUGCUUCUCUGUUAUUGCAGCACAGGAGCAGUAACACAUUUUUUGUUUAUGAAUGAUCACCUAUAUACAUUUCAGACCCCCUAAACUGGUUCAAGAGUGAAGGGUCUUAUUGAACUAGCAAGGUAAGGUUAAUUUACCGGUUGUCACUUGAAUUAACCUUAUCAAGGACAUACUGUGUAAUUAUAUCGUAUAAGGGAUUGUUUUUUAAACAAGUAUGAAAUAAUAUAUCCCUUCCGUCACAUAUUAAGUGACUCAAAUUUGUCCAAAUAUGAAUGUAUCUAUAUUAAAAAAUGUCUAGAUACAUGCAAUAUUUCGGCACUUAAUAUGGGGCGGAGGGAGUAGGAAGGGGAAGAUAGAUAAAUAGCCUAUUCGGACAAGUUGCACAAUGUGAUGAUCGAGUUGCACAAGACAUUAUGUGCAACAACGGCAUAAUUUUGUGCAACGGUCACAAGAUAAAAAUGCCAAAGACAAUGACACAGAGAAGAUUUAUUUUUUGAAUAAAUAGCAACGAAGAAAUUUUAACACCUGCAUGUGAGGGAUUGCGGUGCCAUGCCCUAAUAUCAAAAUCUGAACUCAAUUUGUGAAAAAGCCCCACUCACAAAAAAAAGGUCCAUAGGCACAAAAACGACGCACCGAGCCGCAAGCAGGCGAUGGAUGCACGAAGCAAAGCUAGCAUCGCUGGAUUGCUGGAAUCGGACGUUGAAAGAAAUUGACUGAUCUCAUCUUAUUCAGCAGCAACAGCGGAAUAGGGAAAGCCAUGUCGCCAUGAAAAAUGCAAUUUCCGGUUCAAACACGGCUCGGGGUUCGUGAGGAUGGAACGAAGAACGAUCGUCAAAUACUCCACCCGUCCAUGAAUAUUCGAUGCUUCUUUCGGAAGGUUGCGAUGUGAGUAUUUUUCAUGGCAACAUGGCUAAAGCAAGCUGCUUUUUCCCGGUUGCCGUGGGCGGGCGGCUUUGUUACCUUUUUCCGUUCUCUAGCUCUUUUUAUCGAUCCUACACCUCAGUCCUUUGUGGCCAAUCGACUUUGCCUUGGUGCGAUCUCUCCGGCCACUCCAUUCGACUACUCAAGCAAACGCCAGAGCAAAAAAAGCAAAGCCAUCAUGGACUUUGUUCCCGUCGCCAACCUCUCGGCCGUCGUCAUGGGCGCGGUGCGAGCGGCCAUGGAAAUGCUCCCCACGGACAUGACAAGAGACGCCGUGGUCGAGACGGCGAGUGCUUGGGUGGCGUGGUUCUUGCGCCUCCUCUGGGCAUGGCUUAUCGCCGCGAGAGCCGGCGCCGUGGAGAGUCUCCCGGAGGUGGCCAAGAGAGCAGCCGGGUCCGCUGUUGAAGCCUCGGAGCCAUGGGUGGAAAUGGCGUCCACACUCCUGCUUCGACUCUACGGGAGCCUCGUGGACGCCAUCGUGGCCUCAAAGGCAGGAGGAGGAGCGCAGCUGCUCGCUCUCAUCAUACCCGUCGUCUUCCUCUGCGGCGCCGCCUGGGCACUCACCUGCCGGACCAUGAAGGCUCCCGGGCUGGGGGGCACGCGCGUCCCCCGCGCCAUGUUCGAGGCCAGCCCGAAGCGAUACUACGCCACCGUCCGGAAAGCGCGCAAGGCGGCGCGCCGCGGCGCGUCGUCCGGGACUAGUACCGGAUGGAAGCUGCUCGUGGCCGCGCCGGUCGUGGCUUACGCGGCCUACCUAGCGGCGAAUAAGCUUUACCAAGAUCCAUAGCUUUGCAGGUUGUUGUUGCUUUACUAACAUGUGCAUCAUGCAGGCACAGUGUUGCAUGCUACUCUGCUAUUCUUGUAAUAAUUUCAAAUAUAGCGUUUAGAGGUUGAUCAUUAUAUGGCCUCCACAGAUCCUGGGGAUUUGGACUUUGUUUGGUUUGUAUGCGGAACACUCAGCCAAAUCCAACUACCCCCUCUCAUCAUGGAUUCUUGACUCAAA